AUGGCUACUCACGUCGUCACUGCUGUCACUGCGACCUCCCCGAGUGUUCCGAGCCAGAUCUCCGUCCAUGGUCAACCCUCUCCGACCAACUCGGCCACCACUACUCCCUCAAACAAUUCCCCGACCUCCCCGCGUCUCACCACCGCCGCGCUUCACCAACUGCCCCUACAGUCGCGUCAGUUGCGCCCGCCCAAGGGUCCAUUGUAUGUUCCCGCCGCGCUACGUCCCACUGAGCGCCCUCAGAAGUCCUCGCCUAUCACCCCGCCCCGGAGUGUUCAUGGCUCGCUGGAUAGCCUGGAAGAGUCGGCCGAGCCCAUCAGUCGCCGCUCCACCAUGGAGAGCAAGUCCAGCGGCAUCAGCAAAGUGGCCGAGCACGAGUGGAUGAAAAACGAGGCCUUGGGCGAGGUGACCGGCCUGCCCACUCGGGACCACUGGAAAGCGGACUCGGCCUCCCCCAAUUGUGAUUCUCCUACAUGUCGCUCUUCCUUUGGUCUUUUCCUGCGCCGUCACCACUGCCGUCACUGUGGCCAUGUCUUCUGCUCCUCCCACACUCCUCACGUCGUGCCACUUGACCAGGAUGCGCGCUUCCACCCAGAGGGUGUUCCCUCCCGCGCCUGCGAUCUCUGCUGGAUUGCCCACCAGCGCUGGGAGGAGACCCGGACUGAUCGUUUGAGCAAGAUUCAGAACUCCAUCGACCAGGCUCAGAAUGGCGAGGACUCGGAGGCUUCCAACCUCGACUCCAGUCAGGAGACCGGCCGCGCCACUCUCAAGGCCGAUUUACCCCAGACCACCGAGGUGGCUGCUAGUGUGCCUCGCGAUUGGAACUGGAGCACCUUUUGA